AUGAAACCAGACUCAACGGUUCGCGUCGCCCUGGUGCAGAUGGCCUGUAGUGGGUCGCGAGAGUCCGUGCGUGACCGCGCCGAGGCCUACGUCCGUCAGGCGGCCGAUGACGGCGCGCAGGUGGUGUGCUUGCAGGAGCUCUUUGACGCGGCCUACUUCCCGCAGGAGGUCGCCGUCGAGCGCUACGCGCUCGCGGAGCCGCUGCCCUCGCCGACGACCGAGCGUUUCGGCGCGCUGGCGGCAGAGCUCGGCGUCGUGUUGAUCGUGCCGAUCUUCGAAGAGGCGCAACCGGGCGUCUACUUCAACUCGGUCGUGGUCUUCGACGCCGACGGCGUCGACCUCGGCAAGUACCGCAAGACGCACAUCCCCGACGGGCCACAGUACCUCGAGAAGUUCUACUUCACGCCCGGCGACCUCGGCUACAAGACGUUCGCCACGCGGUUCGGCAAGAUCGGCGUCGCGAUCUGCUGGGACGAGUGGUUCCCCGAGGUCGCGCGGAUCAUGGCCCUCCAGGGGGCGCAGGUGCUGUUCUACCCGUCGGCGAUCGGCACCGAACCCGACCGGCCCGGCUACAGCUCGGCCGAGGCGUGGCGGACCGUGAUCCGCUCGCACGGCAUCUGUAGCGGCGUCUUCGUCGCGGCGGUGAACCGCGUCGGCACGGAAGAAGCCAUGACGUUCUACGGCGAGAGCUUCGUCAGCGACCCGUUCGGCGAGAUCAUCGCCCAAGCCGACGGCACAGAGCAGGUCUUGCUAGCGGACCUGCCGCUGGGCCGCGUCCGCGAGUCACGCGAGCUGCUGCACUUCCUGCGCGACCGCCGCAUCGACACGUACAAACCGCUCCUAAAACGCACCAUCGAAGAAGCGUAA